UACGUCUCUUCUCUUUUACAAGAUGUUUACGGAAAUUCAUAUUUCUCUGUUACAGGUGAAGCAAAUGACAAAGAUGUUCAAGUUGUGGAGUUGCCAAUUGUUGACAGUCUCCAUCCAAGGCCUCCUUACCUACCACUUGGAGUACCAGAAGACCUUGCAGAUCGGUUGAUUGGUUUACAUGGUGACCCAGCUGUUUGGUGGGUCUCUCAGUUUGUAAAGUAUUUAAUCAGGCCUCAGCCUUGGCUGGAAAAGGAGAUUGAGGAAGCCACAAAAAAACUGGGAUUUAAACAUCCAAUUAUUGGAGUCCAUGUUAGGAGAACUGAUAAAGUUGGGACAGAGGCAGCAUUCCACCCAAUUGAAGAAUAUAUGAUACAUGUUGAGGAGCACUUUCAGCUUCUCGCUAGAAAGAUGCACAUAGACAAGAAACGGGUUUACCUGGCAACCGAUGACCCAGGACUGCUCCAAGAGGCAAAGUCAAAAUAUUCACAGUAUGAAUUUAUUAGUGAUAAUUCCAUAUCAUGGUCUGCGGGUCUGCAUAACCGGUACACUGAAAAUUCUUUGCGCGGUGUCAUUCUUGAUAUCCAUUUUUUAUCGCAGGCAGACUUUCUUGUGUGCACCUUCUCUUCCCAAGUCUGCCGAGUUGCCUAUGAAAUCAUGCAAACACUUCAUCCAGAUGCUUCAGCCAACUUUCAUUCCUUGGAUGAUAUUUAUUACUUUGGAGGACAGAAUGCUCACAACCAAAUUGCGAUAUAUCCCCACAAUCCAAGGAACCCUGAUGAAAUCCCUAUGGAACCUGGGGACAUUAUUGGAGUAGCUGGAAACCACUGGGAUGGCUAUUCAAAGGGCAUUAACCGCAAACUGGGAAGGACUGGUCUCUACCCCUCUUACAAAGUUAAGGAAAAAAUUGAGACUGUGAAAUAUCCUACUUACCCUGAAGCCAAUAAUUAAGAGCAGAUGACUUAUUCUUGAAAAUUAUGUGCCAUUGCAGCUGUUAAAAAGAUAAAGAAAACUGCCAUUUUAAUUUAUAUGUGAAUAAAGCAGCUGUUUCACAUGGAAUAUGACAAAAGGAAUUUUAAACCAAUUUAUUAUUCUUUGACCAUGUUGAGAGAUCUUUUACUAAGAAAUUCUAUACUUGUGCAAGUUUAAUGAGAAUACUAACGGGUCUGUUCGAUGGCUGGGUAAUAGAAUAUGAUCUUUACCUCCUGUCCUUAAUGGAAAGUGACUCACAAAUGUAAGACAACCAAGUUGGACAGUCAGAGUCAUGUGAAGAUAUUUUAUGCGUGCAGUUUUUUAAAAGGUGCCUAUGACCAGUAAGUUACCUGUCAAUGAAGAAUCGGGUACGGUGUGAACUACUGUUUAUUUCAAAGACAAGAUUUUCUCCUAUCCAGGAUUCAUAAUGAAGUUAGAUUAUUUUACUUAAGAACAUUUGCUGAAAGGAGCCCUCUUGAUAAAAUGUCACUUUAUUGUUUAGUAAAUGAAUGGUCCAUCAGACAGACAAAACCAUUCAUUAUUUGUUACUGUAGGAGGAUUAUUAUUUUUUGUACAAAAACUUUGAGCUGAUUUUCAAAUAAGUGUUCUUGGCAUUCAUUGUCUUUGAUAACAAACAAUUAAAUAAUACCAAAUUGACAUUUUUUAUUGUUUUCAGACUGUUAAAUAUUUAU